UGCCUUUGGGACGAGUAUGCGUGCAUAGUAGCUUUACCUGAAUGUAAUUGUGGUGCUGAAAAGGCUUACAGUGAUCAUGAUUCAGAAACUAAACUCAUGCAAUUCCUCAUGGGAUUGAAUGAUGUAUUUGAGCCGGUGAAGAACCAAAUAUUGCUCAUGGAGCCCUUUCCUACCAUAAAUAGGGCAUACUCUAUGAUUCUCAAGGUAGAGAAACAGAAAACUGUUAACAACCAAGUGCAAGAAGGAUUAGAUAGCUCAAUUAUGUUGGCAAAAGGAGCAUAUGGAAGGGGAGGUGCUCAUAUGGGAAACUUUGGUAGAGGAAAUGCAAGCAUGGGAAAUUUUGGAAGAGGAAAUGCAGGCAUGGGAAACUUUGGGAGAGGUGGUUUUGGUCAAAAUAAUAACAAUGGAGGUAGAGGAAGAGGUCAACUCAGACUCUCUAAGGAGGAGAGGGCAAAAUUAUACUGUGAACACUGUGGAUACAAUGGACAUGAGAUUCAAGGAUGUUUUAAAUUGAAUGGCUAUCCUGAGUGGUAUAAGGUGUUCAAAAAUAAAAAAUCUGGGCAGCUUGCAAACAUGGUGGAAGAACAGAAUGUAAAUGCAAAAUCAGCUGAAACUGAGAGUGAGAAACAACAUUCUGUUGGACCUUUUG